CUUUUUUCCCUUUUUAUAUCUUCAACCUUUUCAAAAAAAAAAAAGUUCCUACACGCACAGCCAAAGAGAGAGAAAGAGAGAGCACGACGCCCCAACAUCAUCUUGCAAAUCAUGACUUCCUAUGACACACGUUCAACCUAUUCUUCAGGAGCCCCUCGCCCUUCCGCUUCCACCACGGAAUCCAAUGAUAUAAAGAAACUAAAAUCCAAAUAUGGCUCAAGUCUGGCUACUCUCAAAGAACUAUUUCAUACCUGGUCCGACGAGGAUCUACUAUUUGCCAUUCAAGAUGCUGAAGGCGACCUCGAGCUUACCAUUGACCGCAUUACUGAAGGUCACGCCAAUCAGUGGGAUCAAGUCAAAACAAAAAAGUCAAAAAAGGAGACGAACCGCUCCAAAGCAGCGGCAGCAGUCAACACAUCUCCCACGUCGUCUUCGUCAUCGUCGUAUCAACGGGAUAAAGUCAAUGAUCGAUCCUACACAACAACAACAAGAAAUCCCAGUGACAGAGCCGGCGUAAAGUCGCGCUCUGCGAAUUCCAAUGUAACAAGCCGUGGCAGUGCUGGUCAGCGCGGCGCACAAGGAACCAUCCAAUCAUUUUCUCACCAACCCACUUCCUGGAAAUCAGCAAAUCACUCUACGACUCACCCUGCCACCACCACCACUUCCAACAAUGACACCUUAUCACAUGCAUCCAAACCAUCCUCUAGCAAUACGUGGGCCUCCAUUGCUUCUAUUCCAAAACACGAGACGGAAACCUCCGCUUCUUUCUCUGAACUGAAUAAUGGAGAUGGCUGGGAAACAGGUCACGACCGAUGGCCCUCUUAUACUUUAGCAUCUUCCGAAACUCCCAUGCCGCAAUCCAAGUCAAUGCAUGAUAUUUCCGCCGCUUUCACCUCCCCAACAAUGUCAUCUUCUCAGUCAUUAUCUACCAUCACCGCUACGCCUGCCACCACCAAGAACGCUGCCAAAUCAUGGGCCAGUUUACUAAAGACAAAACCUGCCACCGAACCUCUUCAAAUCACUCCGGAAUCAUCUCAAACCAACAAGCAGACCUCAUCCAAUCACCAGGAGAAUGCACCGGCGCAGGACGCAUGGACAGGAGAAGCCCCGGAAGAAUCCCAAACUACAUCUACCGAGGAUGCAUGGUCAGCUCCCGUGGAUGUGAAUGCAGCUUGGAAAUCACAGGAUACCGUUUCAUGGGGGGAAGAAAAGAAGGACGAGUCAACUGAUAAUGUAGCACCAGCAACUCAUGAUUCAGAACCGUCCUUCGUUUCUGAAAAAGAUCCAUUGUCCGCAGGAUUGACACAGUCGUUUGCACAUGAGGGAGUACCUGCUGUAGUACCCAAAGACAAAUCGACAGUGGACGGCGUGAAUAUCAAGUUCGGUAGCUUAUCGCUUGACGAAUCAACGAGUGCAUCCCAACCGCCAUCAAGGUACGCGGUACUUUUAGAUAGCCGAAAUUGUAUGAGUAAAUCUGAUAACCAUUGGUGGUUAGUGCUUCUGCGCUCACUCAUCCAUCCACUUUGGAAACGUCGGGUCAAGAAUCCAGUUCAUCUGAUCAGCGCGAAGCGAUAUCUUCCAAGAUGGGUGAGGACAUUCUAGCUAGUCAAGAGAAUGCUUCUGUGAAUACGGCAGCAGCAGAUGAUGCCACGCAACCUCCUGCUCAACAGACAUCACAACAAGAACAACAAGCAUACCACCAGCAGCAGCAGCAGCAUCAACCGGCCCAUGAUGCAGCCAUGGAUC